UAAGUGGAAGUUAUUUUUUAUUAUAAUGUAAAAUUAAAAGAGAAAAAAAGGGGUAGCCGUAAGGAAUCUACGUGGUGUUCCUAUUCCUCCAUUGAUCUUAUCUUGACUGUCAUCAUCCUUCAUCCAUGGUGGAAAAAAUCUGAUUCAUGUUCAUAUUAGAAUUCAUCGAUGAUUCAGAAGAGUACACUCUAUUUAUUAUGUAUUUCCGCCGUGACAGUACGUUGUUAACAGCCAUUGCCGCCAUGCUAUACAAGAUUCUGAACGUCACAAACUCGUCUCUCUUCGUCACGGUGCUCAGCCUAAACCUGUAGCUCCUCCUCCACCCCAGAUGGAGGAGGCAGAACCCUCCUCGGCGGCUUUGAGAAUUGUCCAUGUUGGAGGAACAGUGGAGUACUAUUACAUGGCCAUCCCUGCUGCUUGAAUAUGAAGAAGUAUCCCAAUUUCGCUAGACCGGAGGUUUUCAGGCGGCCGGGGGAAUCUCUGGUACGGGCGGAGGAGAUUCUCACACCCGGCGAAAAGUUUCUCCUUGUUCCAAAACGCACCGUCAGGAAGCUCCGGAAGACCAUUAGGAAACAGAGUGACGGAGAAGAAGCUUGUAUCUUGGGAAACAUGUUUGCCAAGGGAAAUUCAGGGGGCGGAGAUUCAAUCGGAGGAAGAAGAAAGAAGCAUGAAGUGAGAAAACAGAUGAGAUUUAUCGGAAUUGAUGGGAAGAACAAGGCGGUUGGGAAGACAGAGCAGGGGAUUCCGAAGAAAAGCCCCGAUUCCAAUGCUGGCGAAGGGAAACGGCGGCCCAGAAACGCCACCUCGUGGCAGCCAGAUCUUACGUCCAUCACCGAACUUCACGGGUCUGAUAAAUGAUUAUUACUACUGAUUUUACUUUCACUUUUUUCGGGAACUGAUGAUUUUGAUUUUGGUUAACUCCCCGGUUCAGUCCCUCAACUUUCAUUUUGAACUAAAUUUACUCUCAAACU